AUGGAUCACGACCGUCAGAGCUGUGCCCUUGUAGUGGCCGAAGACGUCGAGGGUGACACAUACAGUCAAAUGCCUCCGGCGCCAUCUUUCCGCGCAGAGGAGUGUCUGGCAGAGGGCAACAUCAUGACUCUGGUCUGGCAAGCUUGCCCCGGCUUCGGCAUCGAUCAUUACACUCUGGAGCUAGACGACGGCGCAGCUGGACCCUUCCGGAAAGUUUACCGCGGUCUCGAAACGAUGUGCACCGUGGAGGGGCUCCACUUCCAUUCCAUCUACAGGGCACGCGUGAGGGCCCAUAAUCGCUCCGGCUACAGCAACUACAGUGACAGGCUUGUCAUUCAAACGUCCAUCUGUAAGUAG